AGCCCUGACAUCGUUGAAUGGCGGAACAAUCGUGUAAAUAUAGUGCUUGUUGGUUACACACAAGGUCAUCUCGUCAUCUCAAACGUGGAGUAACGCAAAAGAGGAAGUACAGCGUGCCUUGAAUUUCGCGCGCAACGAACUGCAGUGCCCACACAACAGCGACAAUAGCCGUGGGGAUGAAGGAUGAGUGCCUUCGCGUAGGCUGGCUCUACCCAACGAAACAUGUCUCAAUCUCUCAACCCCCUAAGCAUCCUGCGCAACGUUCUCGAGCCCUCGCUACGCUUGCCCGCUCACCACCUCGCCUAAUCCUCGACCUGCCAUUCUCAUCAAGCUGCAUCCUGCAAGGCCCUCCCUCAGCGCGGAAACCCCGGUGGACGCAUACCGUAGUAGCCCUUCUACGCUCGCCACCAACCAGCGGACAUGCUGUACUUCGGCCCCCUCGUGCGCAUGUGUGCUGGUACGAACCCGAGCCCUUGCACCCGGGUCAACGCCAGCUGCGCUCUGGCCGACGUUCUCCUUCCAGAGAAUUCCAAAGAAGUGUUACACGGCGGACACGACGGCGACACGCGAUGUCUGACAGGCAAUACGCGAUAUAGUUCGGCCGGCAGUGUGGGGUCUUGGGCAUUCCCCCCUUCCCUUCGGCUGACAUGCCUUGCAACUCGCCCAGGCACAGGCACACACAGGGAACGACUACAGCGGCUACGUACUUACAACUAGUCCUCGGGUCCCCUGGACUACAUGCUUGUCGUUGAGUAUAGUGUGAACUUCGCACCAGUUUCCCCAAUCCGUCGCGGGCCGGUGCGGGCGCGG